AAACUACUCCACUCAGAGCUAGAAAACAUGGGUGCGUUCGAUUCAAUUUAAAAGAUAUCCCGAUAUAACUUAGUUGUUUACUUUCCAUUAAAUUACGAACCGGAAGCAGCUAUCGGGCAAUGUGGGUGUAAAAGUGCAGCACACAAUGCUCGACAACCCUUAUUAAACCACCACCCACAUUCUCCGCGCCUGCGCUAAGCGGUGGUCAAGGUAUAUAAGUGCUAACUUUUCUGACAGACACGUAUCGGCACUGUUCCGGAACCGAUAUAGCAAACGAUUCCGUGAGUUGGUCCGUAACGUUAAGUGAUAUACUUGGUUGUUUUAUUCGCUGCCCUAUUGUGAAGUUUUACUGUGGAAGACGAGGCACAAAUGCGCGUCGGAGGCUAGUUGAUGGUAGCAUGCUAACACAAGGCACCAGACAGUGUGUCGCUAACAGGAGUAGCCAGUAGUAGCCAGUCACCAUUGCAACAGCAGACAACCAAGAUUUGUGUGAAGUUUUGAAUCCAAGUGAUGGACGGUGAGCCAGGGGCAGCCUCUGAACGAAUUCUCCUGGAGCCAUACAAAUACUUGUUGCAGCUGCCAGGAAAACAAGUGAGGACAAAACUUGCUCAAGCAUUCAACCACUGGCUGAAUGUUCCAGAGGACAAACUGCAGGUGAUCAUCGAAGUGACCGAGAUGCUGCACAAUGCCAGCUUGCUCAUAGAUGAUAUCGAGGACAGCUCCAAGUUGCGGCGAGGCUUCCCCGUGGCCCACAGCAUCUACGGCAUUCCCUCCGUCAUCAACUCUGCUAAUUACGUCUACUUCUUGGGUUUGGAAAAGGUGCUGACGCUGGAGCACCCAGAGGCUGUGCGCGUGUUCACCCGGCAACUGCUGGAGCUGCACCGCGGCCAGGGCCUGGACAUCCACUGGAGAGACACGUACACAUGCCCCACCGAGCAGGAGUACCGCGACAUGGUGCUGCAGAAAACCGGUGGGCUCUUCGGCCUGGCGGUGGGCCUGAUGCAGCUCUUCUCUGAUUGGAAACAGGACCUGAAACCACUCCUAGACACGCUAGGCCUCUUUUUUCAGAUCCGGGAUGACUACGCCAACCUGAGCUCACGUGAGUACAGCGAGAACAAGAGCUUCUGCGAGGACCUGACAGAGGGCAAGUUCUCUUUCCCCACAAUCCAUGCCAUCUGGUUGCGUCCAGAGAGCACCCAGGUGCAGAACAUCCUCAGGCAGCGCACCGAGAACAUGGACAUCAAACGCUACUGCGUGGACUACCUGGAGAAGGUUGGCUCGUUCGCGUACACCCGUCAGACGCUACGUGACCUGGAGGCCGAAUCCUAUCGACUAAUCAGGGAGUUCGGGGGAAACCCUCAGCUGGAGAGCUUGGUCAAACUCCUCAGCCGCAUGCAUCAUGAGGCUGAAGCAACAGGAGAGUCUAACUGUGAGCCGCACUGCAGCCAGAACCACUGAACUCUGCACUGACACCCUGAGAGUUUUAUGCACACCAUUCAUCUACUGUAUGAAAAUAUUUAAAUUGCCAUACACUGUAGAACUGGCAGAUGAAAACAUGUUCAUAUCGUGAUGUGGCCCUGCAGCCUUUGGUCUUCUAAAUGGGAAAUGUCCCUGUGUUGGUUCACGUUAUCACAUUGUGAGCCAUUUCAUUUCCUUCCAAAGCAACAUACCCAAUCACCAUUGUCAUUGAGGCGACGUUUUAAAAGCACUCCAAGUACCUUGAAGGUAGACGCUAUAUAAAUGAAGCCCAUUUGCGUUUUGCUGAAGUCCCUCUUUAAACCAUGCAGAUGUUUUGAGUGCUGCAGUGGUCACAUGGGUCCGCCACUCAUGUCUACUUGUUAUGCAACAUAUCGCUAUUACAUUUAAACUAGUGUGCUUGGUUUUUUUUGUGCUCUGCUUUGUCUGUUGGUCCACUGCACUCUGGCUCUGAUUCACCACAGGAUUAUCACAUUCAUUUUAUUUUAUUUUUUUAACGCUCAUUGGAUUAUAUUUGUCGUCAUACACAAUCUUUUACACUUUCAAAUAUCCAUCCACAAAAUAAAGGUUCUUCAAAGAUCUCAAACUAAAUGUCUCACAUUUUGAGGUUGUCAUCUGACGGUGACAUUUUCAAGCUUUCCUUGCACAGAUGGAUUGGAACAGCGCCGUUUACCGCGCAUUUUGAGAGCCCAGCCCAAAUGUGUAUUUUCAGUGGCUGUCUGAAUUGUCUCCUGCACGCAAACUACACACAUAGGCACAAAACCUAAAUACUGACCUACAGUAUUAAGUUUCUGCACUCUACACAGGUCUUGUUUUUUUUUUCCCCAUAUCCAGCAAGUUGAGGAAUGUCAAAAUCAUAAAACCUUGAGCGGCUUUGUACACAGGCUGGUUGCUAUGGACAUGGCUGCUGCUUCAAUAGCAACUUUUGUCUGAAGUACAAAGCGCAAGUCAGCCAACUCCUACAUUUGUCUGCUUUGUGAUAUUAAAUCAUACUGUUUGCGUGGCAGUUAAGCUUCUGUUUACCCUCCUAACACUCAAUCAUUUUCAAGUCAUUUAUAAAUACAGUGAUUCAUCAAAAUGCCCAUUUAAUUUUUCUUUAAAAGAUGGUGAACGAUGCCAUUUGUUUUUUUCUUUGCUAAGGCAAGUGUGACAAAAUGCAAAUGCAUAUGAGGCUGCUCCACUAGAGCUGACUCGAGUCCAUCACAGUAAUCAAAGCCUCGCACAGCUCACAUUUCUUUAUCGGGGAUGCUCAGAUUGAUUUUCUCCACUCACUGUGAGUUGUGUUUGAGAGCAAAGCGUGGUGGUGUUUGUGCGGGGAGCGAUAACCUACCAGCCCCACCCCCUUGGCUCUGCAAGAUUUGCUUUAUUUAUCAUCAGGCUGUGCUUUAUGGAAAAUUUCAUAAAUAUUCUAAUGGCAACAGGCAGGGGAGGGCUUUUUUUUUCCUCCAAAUGUUUUUAGUUAAAAUGCAUGUUUGACUGACAACCUACUGAAUGCAUUUACUUACUAUUUACUGGUCUCCAAACGAAACUACAGUGGAACCUCUAAAGUCAAACCACGCAGUGAUGUACAAUUGGGAAAACUUUGCUUCUCAGGUCCAUCAAGUGUCAAAAUUGGAACCACUGUCGGGCUAUGUUUACACUGCCCAAUUCGGAUUUUUUUUCCCCCCCAAAUACGAUCAUUUUAUGGAAUUGUUCACAUUACCAAGAAAAUGCGACGUGACAAAACAACGGCACGCGCAUGUGAGUUUGUUUACAGAGGUACAUAUGGCAUCUCAGUCCUGGCGCAUUUCUGGCAAUUUCAAGUAUUCUGUGCAACCGGAGUCAGCAUUUUCUUAACCAAAUGAUUUUAUGUAGGAGAUAAAGAAGGAAGAGGCGUUUGUGGGGAACUUGCUGUGACGUGUUCCAAUCGUGCUGGUCUUUGAAACGGGGGAAGCUCUUUGGGGUCUGACAUACUGUACAUUUAAUAUGACUUUAGCAAUGCUGUCUGCUCCCGUCGUGGCUGGGCUAACUAGCAAGCUACUCCGCCCACGACGGUGAUAUGAUGCCAUGAACCAACGACCGAACAAAACUCGAUAACGUUCGGAUUAUGUAGUUUACUUACAAUGUAGUACGUACAAAGUAAGAAAUAGCUGUAGAAUUGAAUCAAUGUGAAAUAAUUCACUCCGGAAGAGACUUCACAUCUGCUCUGACCUCACUCCACGGCAGAUUAAUGCUAAACAUACUCACAAAAUUAAGCACAUUCUAGUUCACUUUUAACGCAGUUGUAAGUCUACACAUUUAAGUUUUCACAAUGCAUAUUUGAUCAAUAAUUUUAUUACAUUUAAAGAGGAAGGUCCGCUUCCAGUGUAGUCAAUGAGCAAUCGCCACUGCUCUGUUCCGAGGAGUGUGUGAGUGCUAUCAACAGUGGUUAUUUUAUUUUUGUAUUUUCUAUCACAGUUGAGAAUACUAAAAUGUUAACAAUUGGAAAACAAGCUGAAUGAAGGGUUUAUGAUGGAUUGAAUGGAUUGUGUUCCAUCCCAGCUGUAUAUUCUGUGAAUAAAUCUGAUUACACAGACUGGAAUUAGGGAUGUCAGAUAACCGAUAUACCAUACCGAUAUUGUGCAACUGUCAAUUUCCGAUACCGACUUCAGCCGAUACAGAUACCUAUAUAUGUAACAUCCCAAAUCUCCUGCCGUGGAAUUAACAUAUAUUUGUUGCGAAGCUAAUGGAUACAGCAUCAGAAAUGAGCUUCUCAGGGUGCCUGUAAACAACAUUGUAAAACAUCUGAGAAAUACUUGCUAUUAGUCUUAGGCUGUGACAUUUCUUUUAAAAGUCAACAGAGUAGCCAUUUACAUGUUUUUGAUCAUCAAAGUCCAGGGAAGAAAAUCAAGUGUCAUAAUUUUCAUGCAGGCCUAGCACAGAACCAGAAAUCUUUCAUUUGGGUGACUGGGGUGAGACCAUUACCAACAUCGGGGUGGC